UGGGGUAGAACUGUUUAGUCGCCUGCGCCCGCCCAAAGGAUUAGCAGCAGGGGAACGAUGCUGCUUGCCCUGUCCUCUGCAGCCCACAGGAGGUGAAGGAGCUCCAGCGGGACUCACUCCUUGGGCAAACAAAAGGACCCGAGGAACCAGACAGUGCAGAGCUCCCCCAGUUAAACUCCUAAUGAAAGUGCUUAGCAGCUGUAAUACUUCAAAGACACUAAAUGCUGGAAACAUGGAGAGUUUGAUUGAGCGCCCAUCAGAGGCUGAUGCCAAGAAAUGCCCCCUGUUGGGCCCAGCUGACACUGAGGACAGACUUUGCCAGUUGGCUGCAGAUGGAACAAAGAAAAGAAAGAAAGUGAUAUCGUGGCCAUUUGCUCUGAGACGCACUUCCACCAGUGGAGAUUCCCCGGGGCAGCUGGACUCCGGCCUCAAGAUCACCUUGUUUGGCCAGCCUCUGGCAAUUAUUUGUGGGGAAGAUGACAUGCUGCCCCAGCCAGUCCAGGAUCUCCUAACUAUAUUGUACAUGAAAGGACCUUCCACUGAAGGGAUAUUCAGAAAAGCUGCCAAUGAGAAAGCACGCAAGGAGUUGAAGGAGGAUCUAAACAAAGGCGGGAAUGUUGAUUUGGAAAGCAAAACUGUGCACCUACUGGCAGUGGUCUUGAAGGACUUCCUCCGAAAUAUUCCCUCCAAACUUCUGUCAGAUGACCUGUAUGACAAGUGGAUGCUAGCUCUGGAGAAGCCAAGCAAGCAAGAAAAAAUUGAAGAACUGAAAGAGGUGGCUGACAAAUUGCCCAGACCAAACCUGGUCUUGCUCAAGCAGUUGCUCUCUGUGCUCCACCGCAUCAGCCAGAACGCUGACAUCAGCAGGAUGGACGCCAACAACCUUGCCAUCUGCGUAGGCCCGAACAUGCUGAGCCCGGGGACAGGCAGCACGUUGCCGCUGGAGGUGCAGAAGGAGAUGAAUGACAAGGUGACUGUAUUGGUGGAGUUUCUUAUAGAAAACAACUCAGAAAUCUUUGGAGAGGACAUUCUAUGGCCUGUCAGCACCUUGGCUGUGGAGUCACCAGAGCAUAUAGACAGCUCCACAGAACGCCUGUGUGCUACUCAUCAGAAUGACUCUGCCUAUGACAGCCCAGAUCCUGAAGCUGAAUGCUGUACUUCUGAGCUGGAGCAACCCAAAGGAAGAAGCACUGGUUUGAGCAGAAGAUAUGCAGCGUGUGUCUCUGCCACAUCACUGACUAUUUGCAAAAAUGACAUCAACACGAUGGACAGGAGGUACUCAGAGCCAGACCUAUCAUUCCAGGACCGUUUCGAAAGCAAAAUAAGGAAACAGAAGCUAAACAAAAGUGAGGACAGUUUUCCAGUUCAGCAGAAGCAGCUAGGUCUGGAGAAUGAGGUGCUGGACAAACGACUUGCAAUCUUACCUUCACAACUAUCAAGUGACUCUCUAUCUAAAACAUCCUCCAGUUGCUCACUAGAGAGCUCUGAUGGCUCAGUCUUCACCAGCUCCCCAUUAGUUUCACCCUCUAGUCCCAAAAAAAACUUCUUAAACAGGCCCCAGUCCUUUUGCACCAAGCCUCAUGAAGACUGUAGCACAAUUAGGCGAGAGAUCAAAAAGCAUUCUAUGUCAUUCUCUUUUGCAAACCACCGGAAAACACUAACAAAACAACAGAGCUGGGGGCCUGGAAAACACGUGGGUUUCCAGAGGGACAGUUUCACAAAGAAAGAUGAUCAGUUCUCCUGCAGAAUUGUACAGGAAAACAGCCCCGAGGAUGACAAACCAAUGCAUGUGCCAUACCAGCGAAGGUCACGUUUCAGGUCAGCUGAUGAAGUGUUCAGAGAGGUAGACCAGAGGAAUCCUGGAAGACCACCCUCUUACGAAGAAGCUACUAAGAACUGCAUGGCCACCCAAGUUCCCUCCUGCAAUCUCACAGUUCAGACUAUGAGAUCAAAGGUGUCAAACCAGGACGCUUUGCCAUCUGAUCUGUGUACUGGCCUUGCACAGAGCAUAGCCUGUACAGCUACGAAGGACCUACCCAGCGACAGGAUUUCUGCAGUGAAUGAUUCUGAUGCAGAAACUGAAACUCUCAGUGUUACUGUUGGAAUAAACUCCCGUGUGAGUUUACCUGUGACCCCAGGAGUGUACCGACUGAGAGCCAUGUCUGAAUCCUGUCAAAAGAACAAACAUGAGUAUGUGGCACGACGGUGCAGCCAGCCCAUUUUUGAGGUAGAGCAGAUACAAUAUGCUAAGGAAUCCUACGUUUAAAAUCUUCUCUCUCCUCUUUACAUUGUACAAAGUAAAUGCUGUAAAGAUAGAUAUUUUGCUUAUGUUUUGCAAGAUAUUAGUUUCAAGGGACCCGGAAUAAGCUAGCUCCAUAUGAACAUUUUUUUCUUGGAGGCUCUUCUGAAGUGUUGGUCACUUUGACAUGUCACCUUCUUCCACUAGGAGUGGUGUGUGUUCAUGGGGGGAAAGUAUGUAAAAAUAUGAGUGACUAUGAUGCACAUAACGUGUUGUGUGGGAAAACUAGUCAGUAGUUGAUAAACAGUGUUGUAUGUGUAUCCCUAAAAGGACAAUUAAAAGGUAGGCAGGUCCAAGUACCUGUCCCACUUUCCUCUUCUUUUCUGUAUAGUCGAAGAUUCUAUAUCAUUUGCCAUGUGUGCGUCAGGCUGAUGCAAUGCCUUGCUGAUUUUCUGCAUUAAGAAGUGGGUUAGCAGUUACCCCAACAGGAGAAUAGCUAUUCUGCCACCUAGGCCAUUUCUUCACUCUUUCAUCGAGCCCCUUGAACCUGCUGCCAUUCCUUCCUCCUGCUUGCUAACCAUGAGAACAAUCUGACCACCAGUCAGCAUUAGUAUUGUGUACUAAGCCUGGAUUUAGAGCCACUGAAGCCCUACAGGGUCAUUACAGGCACGUACCAAGUGAAUCUUGAGUGGCCUGAGAUGCUUUUAGUCUAAAUAAACUGGACAGACUAAACAGAAGGAAAGAUCGUCUUCAACUUUGCUCUCAUGAGAAAUAAUAAUAAAAAUAAAUCCCAUGAGGAAACAUUCCAGAUUCAAGUUUUAAUUAGUUAAAAUUGCAGAUCAUUUGUAAAAUUCAAAGAAAGGAAAAGAACAUAUCUAAGUGUUGUCCUUAUAACCUUGUAAAGACAACAGGAAGUGCAAUGUUUUUACAUGUAGGAACUUAUUUUGGUUAGCUCUCACCUUUCCUUUUAUGGCUCAGGAACUGGCAGAGUUUUGGUUUUCUCCUGUGUAAAUUCACUACAAUAAAAACAUUUUCUGCAUGAUU